CUAUAUACGAUACAGUCCAGCAAAUCUCAAACCCAAAAUCGUUGCAAAGCUCUAUUCCUAAGAUCUAAUGGCUUCACCGUCUCUAUCCUCCAUUCCUCUACUUUUACUGCUUCUAAUUCCCACUAUAACUGCAGAUCCAGAUGCACUGCAGGAUUUCUGUGUAGCAGACACAAAAUCCUCCACAACUUUCUUCAAUGGCUUACCUUGCCUGAAUCCCAAUGAAGUCACCGGAAAACAUUUCACCACAUCUGUUCUGAGCACCCCAACGAACACAAGCAACAUUUUUGGAGUGGGCACAACGUUUGCAAGUACAGAUAGCUUACCGGGAAUCAACACUCUGGGAAUAUCAAUUUCUCGUGCAGAUGUGGGUGUGGGUGGAAUUGUUCCUCCACAUUCACAUGCUAGAGCCAAUGAAAUUGCUUUCGUAUUGCAGGGAAAACUACUGGGUGGAUUUGUGGAUAGUUCCAACAGGUUUUUCAAUCAGACUGUUAAUACUGGUGAUGUGAUCGUUUUUCCCAAGGGAACCAUUCACUUCUUUCAGAAUUUGGGUGAGAGUCCUGCAAGUUUGAUUGCUGCAUUUAACAGUCAAAAUCCAGGGGUGGCUGUUACUCCCUUUGUUUCUUUCCGUUCCAAUCCUGCCAUUCCUCCUGCAAUUCUUGCCAAGGCAUUUCAGAUUAGUGAAGAGGAUGUGGGGAAGAUCAGAAAGGGUCUUGGUGGCAGUUAAGAAGAUUUGGUUAUGUAUUUUUUUGAGUGACCAUUGAUAUUGUAGCCAUUAAUAAGUGAUAUUGCACCAAUGUUGUGAUUCCAUUUGCUUUAA